GGGGUAGCUAUGACAACCCGCCAAGAGGACGGCUAAGCACCUCACAGAGGGGCCUGGGUGCCUCAUUUCUGAAGUGAGACUAGGAAGAGAAGAUGAACAAUUCUCUGGAUUAUCUGGCCUACCCUGUUAUCGUCUCUAAUCAUAGGCAAAGCACAACCUUCAGGAAGAAACUGGACUUUGGCCACUACAUAUUUCACAAGAAUAGAAUACAAAUAGUGAAACCUACUGUUGAUACCAAGCCUCCAGCAGCACACACACACCACAUUCUGAAACUGAGCAAACUACAGGGUGAGCAAAAGAGAAUCGACAAGAUCGAGUAUGAAAACAAGCAACUGUGUCAGAAAAUCGCCAACGCCCAUCGCGGCCCUGCCAAGGUGGAUUGCUGGAACGAGUAUUUUUCCAAGAGCUUAAACAGAGAAACAAGGAACCGUGAGCUGGUGAGGAUCACCGUGGAGAACCAGGGGAUUCUCAAGAGACUGGAUGAUCGCAAACCCCACUAUGACCGCAAGGCAUCUGAGCUAGACUGGCAGAAUUCAAGGCGUUAUAUCAAAAAUACUACAAGAUAUCUUCUCUCCCAAGAUGAAUAGGUUUGUGUAGCUACAUCACAUGGUCACAACUGAUACCAAAACCCUAAGAAACUCAUAAAUGGUGAAUGAGAGGUCAUCCAUCCAGGGGCCUUGGCGCUCUGUCUUUCUUGCCUCCAUACAAGCAGGAGCUGGUACUGUCUUUGCCGUUGGCUUUGAGGUUCUGUGGGAGACCUGGGGGAAGCAAUGGGUUCGGAUAAGACAAACAGGAUGCCUUGUGGCUUUAAAGUUGUGCUAAAGUCACAAUACAGGUCUCUGCCAUUAUG